GGCAGAGGCAGAGGCAGAGGCACUAGUAAUUUUUCUAUUUGGCAUUCCCUUCCCUUCCUCCAUCGUUAUUCUGUCUGCUUCUUUUCUCUCCAACACAGCCAUUUCCCUUCCCUUCCCCAUUCCUCUAUGUUUUCUCGGAAACGGUUCGUCUCUCUCUCUCUCCCUUUCUCCGACUGAAGAUAUUGUCUCAGCCAAAGCGGUUCGGAAGAGGUGCAUUUCUGUUCCGGAAAAAAUUGGUGCUAAGGGGAAGCUUUGGUAUGGCGGCGGCAACAGCUUCCUCAUCAUCUGCUCGUGUAAGAUAUGCACCAGAUGACCCCACCCUCCCCAAACCAUGGAGAGGACUAGUUGAUAGUAACACAGGAUACCUUUACUUCUGGAAUCCAGAGACCAAAGUAACCCAAUAUGAGAGGCCUGUUGCACCUUCUGAAGCAAGCUCUGUUCCACCUCAAGAAUCUUUGCCUGAACAACAGCCCUCAGGACACUGCAGUGACAAGGAUGGUGCAAAUGCAUGUAUCAAAGUCGAGGACAAUGGCUCGGAUACAAUUGCAUCUGGAGUAGGAUUGGAAACCUGUCAGACUUCAAGUGGAGGGCCAGAUUAUCCACAGAAUACCCCAGAUGUGAAGACAAAUGCUUCAUGUGAACUCUAUGCAACUAAGGGUGUGGAGUCUGGUUCGUCUGUGGAGUCUUACCGCCGUCAACAUGAAAUUACUGUUACAGGAGCUAAUGUUCCCCAACCAUUCAUUUCGUUUCAAGCCACUGGUUUUCCUGCAGAGAUUUUAAGGGAGAUGCAAUGCGCUGGUUUUGCUGCUCCGACCCCAAUACAGGCACAAUCAUGGCCGAUUGCUCUUCGAGGCCGUGAUAUUGUAGCCAUUGCCAAGACAGGUUCUGGAAAAACUCUGGGCUACUUGAUUCCUGGUUUUCUUCAUUUGAAAAAAAGGAACAGUAAUCCAAAGUUAGGUCCAACUGUUUUGGUGUUGUCUCCAACAAGAGAAUUGGCUACACAGAUACAAGAUGAAGCCAUGAAGUUUGGAAAAACAUCCAAAAUUUCUUGUACGUGUUUAUAUGGAGGAGCACCUAAAGGUCCUCAAUUGAAAGAUCUAGAUAGAGGUGUAAAUAUUGUGGUGGCUACUCCUGGGCGAUUAAAUGAUAUUAUGGAGAUGAGGCGAGUUAGCCUCCAUCAAGUGUCAUAUUUGGUAUUGGACGAGGCAGAUAGGAUGCUUGACAUGGGUUUUGAGCCACAGAUAAGGAAAAUUGUGAAGGAGGUGCCUUCUUCGAGGCAAACCCUGAUGUAUACAGCAACAUGGCCAAAGGAGGUGCGUCGAAUCGCUGCAGAUCUACUGUCUAAUCCUGUUCAGGUCAACAUAGGAAAUGUGGAUGAACUUGCUGCAAACAAGUCAAUAACCCAGUAUGUUGAAGUUUUAUCACCAAUGGAUAAACGCCGGCGCUUGGAGCAGAUAUUGAGAUCUCAAGAACCAGGGUCGAAGAUAAUAAUUUUUUGCUCCACAAAGAAAAUGUGCGAUCAUCUGUCAGAUAAUUUGACCAGGCAAUUCGGAGCUGCUGCUAUUCAUGGAGACAAAUGUCAAAGUGAGAGGGAGCACAUAUUGAAUCAGUUCCGUACGGGAAGGUCACCAGUGCUUGUAGCCACUGAUGUUGCUGCUCGUGGACUGGAUGUUAAGGAUAUCAGGGUGGUGAUAAACUAUGACUUUCCAACAGGAAUAGAGGACUAUGUACACCGAAUUGGUAGAACUGGCCGGGCAGGUGCUACUGGACUUGCAUACACAUUUUUCUGCAGCAAUGAUGAAAGACAUGCAUCAGAUCUAAUCAAACUACUGGAACGAGCUGAUCAAAAUGUCCCUGCUGAACUUCGUGACAUAAUUUCACGUGGAGGUGGCAUAGGAAGGGGAGGACCCCGUAGGUGGAGCUCUUCUGGAUAUGAUGGAGGCCAUAGUGGAAACUAUAAUUCUUCAUUCAGUGGAAAGUCUGGGGGUUGGGGGGCGCCAUCUUCUUCAGAUAGGGAUGUCGGGGAUCAUGACAACAAUGAGCAGCAUAACAGUUCCUUUGGAAACAACACCGAUGCCUCUGGAAGCGCCCCGUACAAAAGUUUCCAUGAAAGCAUGAUGGCUGCUAGAAGCACCAGAAGUAAUAACCAAAGUUGCAGCACCAUAAGCCCUGCUCGGAAUUCAGGGUGGGGUGAAAACCAUGGAAGAGAUCGCAGCCGUAGUCCUAGCCCAGAGAGAUUUGGCGGACCUCCCCCAGUGCGACGCAGUUUUCAUGAAACUAUGAUGCUGCAGCAGCAGCAGGCUCGGCCAGCCAACCAAAUCCAACAGGAAGCUGAUACUGAUGGAGUUGGAGGAUCAUAUCAUAAAUCGUCUACAGAAAAAGUGGGUGAAGAAUUUGCAGGUGGGUCGAACUCAAACUCCUGAAGUGCCCAAGUUGAUGCUGUAAUUGUUGAAGAGGACAAUCCAUGAAGAAACAAACCGGUUUGUUUGUUGCAUCUUUUUGGCAUAUUGUUACAGAUAGUUGAGCUUUUGGCAUGUAGCAAAAACAUCAUCCUCUACUAAAAUACAUACUUAUUGUGGUAGAGAUAUGUGGAUCGAUCAAUUCCCGGAAGCAGUAGAAUGGAGUUAAUGGACUCAGUUGGAUGUUUUGUUAGUUAGUUAGUUAAGGCUAUGGUAUGGUUGGAUAAGGGUACUUGUACUACUAACUAUGUUUUGAAAUGCUUUUGGCAUGAUGGUUUAGUCUUUCUUUUGUUCA